UGUACUACGGCGAGAUUUUGCGAUUGUACACACUUCCGGUGAUUUUGGGCUAUUCAUUUUUUUAAAGCAACGCUUUACUUACAGGAGGUUUAAUCUAUCUUGAGCCGAAUUAAGCAAUAUAAUUGCAAUGCAGUUCAAGUUAUUAUGAAGUAUUAUAAUAAUUCCUCCUUAAAAAAUGGCGAUCUCAAUGGAAACUCAACUUCAAACCAUAUUCGAAGAUGUGGUGAAAACAGAGGUGAUAGAGGAGGCAUUCUCUGGGAUGUUCAUGGAAACUGCAGAGUCGGAGCGGAUGAAACUCAUCAGCUGUUUGGGUGCUUUCAAACAGUACUGGAGCACUCUGCCUCAGGACUCCCAUGAGCAGUGUGUGAAGUGGAUUGUGCGCUUCAUCCACGGGCAGCACAGCCCCAAGCGCAUCUCCUUCCUCUAUGACUGUUUGGCCAUGGCUGUGGAGACCAGUCUCCUGCCUCCCAGGAUGGUGUGCCAGGCCUUGGUGAACUCUGAGAGUCUAGAGUGGGAGCGGACUCAGCUGUGGGCCCUGACCUUCCGUCUCUUCCGAAAAAUCAUCGGAGGAGUCGAUUACAAGGGGGUGAGAGAUUUGCUGAAGUCUGUUUUGGACAAGAUCCAGACCAUCCCCAACGUGGUCAGCUCAGCUGUGGUGCAGCAGCUACUGCCAGCUCGAGAGGUGGUGGAGUACAUCCUGGACCGUAACGCGUGCCUCCUGCCCGCCUACCUGGCUGUCACGGAGAUCAGGAAGCUGUAUCCCGAGGGAGCGCUCUCGCACUGGCUCCUGGGCAGCCUGAUUUCAGACUUUGUGGACAGCUUUCGACCCACAGCCAGGAUCAACUCCAUCUGCGGAAGAUGCAAUCUUUUGCCCGUGGUGAAUAACUCGGGAGCCAUCUGCAACUCCUGGAAGCUGGAUCCCACCACCCUACGCUUCCCCCUCAAGGGCAUGCUGCCCUAUGACAAGGAUCUGUUUGAGCCCCAGACUGGUCUGCUGCGUUAUGUGUUGGAGCAGCCUUACUCACGUGACAUGGUCUGCAACAUGCUGGGUCUUAAUAAGCAGCAUAAGCAGCGGUGCGCGGUGCUUGAAGAUCAGCUGGUGGACCUGGUGGUGUACGCCAUGGAGCGCUCGGAGACGGAGGAGCAGUUUGACGACGGCGGCACCAGCCAGUUGCUGUGGCAACACCUCUCCAGCCAGCUCAUCUUCUUCGUCCUCUUCCAGUUUGCCAGCUUCCCACACAUGGUGCUGUCUUUACAUCAGAAGUUGGCGGGUCGUGACCUCAUAAAGGGUCGUGAUCACCUGAUGUGGGUGCUGCUCCAGUUCAUCUCCGGCAGCAUCCAGAAGAACGCGCUGGCAGACUUCCUGCCCGUCAUGAAGCUCUUCGACCUGCUCUACCCCGAGAAAGAGUGUAUCCCCGUGCCGGACAUCAACAAGCCCCAGUCCACACACUCCUUCGCCAUGACCUGCAUCUGGAUCCACCUGAACCGCAAGGCCCAGAGCGAAACUAACAAGCUGCAGAUCCCCAUCCCUCACUCACUACGCCUGCACCACGAGUUCCUGCAACAGAGCCUGCGCAACAAGAGUCUGCCGAUGACGGACUACAAGAUCGCGCUGCUCUGCAACGCCUACUCCACCAACUCGGAGUGCUUCACGCUGCCCAUGGGGGUGCUGGUGGAGACCAUCUAUGGCAACGGCAGCGUCCGCAUCCCGCUGCCCGGCACCAACUGUCUGGCACAGGGCGCCAUCACCCCGCUACCCAUGAACCUGCUCGACUCGCUCACCGUGCACGCCAAGAUGAGUCUGAUCCACAGUAUUGCUACUCGUGUGAUUAAGUUGGCCGCUGCCAAGUCUGCGAUGGCUCUGGCCCCCGCCCUGGUGGAGACCUACAGCCGCCUGCUGGUCUACAUGGAGAUCGAGUCGCUGGGCAUCAAGGGCUUCAUCAGUCAGCUGCUGCCUAACGUCUUCAAGUCCCAUGCGUGGGGGAUCUUGCACACCCUGCUGGAGAUGUUCAGCUAUCGCAUGCACCACAUCCAGCCCCACUACAGAGUCCAGCUGCUCAGCCACCUGCACUCGCUCGCCGCCGUGCCGCAGACCAAUCAGAACCAGCUGCACCUGUGUGUGGAGAGUACAGCGUUGCGUCUGAUCACGGCGUUGGGCAGUUCGGAGGUGCAGCCCCAGUUCACGCGUUUCCUCAGCGACCCCAAGACCGUGCUGUCCGCAGAGUCAGAGGAACUCAACCGAGCGCUCAUCCUCACCCUGGCCAGAGCAACGCACGUCACAGAUUUCUUCACAGGGUCUGACUCCAUUCAGGGCACGUGGUGUAAAGACAUUCUACAGACCAUCAUGAACUUCACACCUCACAACUGGGCCUCACACACACUCUCCUGCUUCCCCGCACCUCUACAGGCGUUCUUCAAGCAGAACAACGUUCCGCAGGAGAGCCGCUUCAACCUGAAGAAGAACGUGGAGGAGGAGUACAGGAAGUGGAAGUCCAUGACCAACGAGAACGACAUCAUCACGCACUUCUCGCUGCAGGGCUCGCCGCCGCUCUUCCUGUGCCUGCUCUGGAAGAUGCUGCUCGAGACCGACCACAUCAACCAGAUCGGAUUCAGGUCGGUGGUCCUGGAGCGCAUCGGAGCGCGAGCGUUGGUGGCCCACGUCAGGACGUUUGCCGACUUCCUGGUGUACGAGUUCUCCACCUCCGCGGGGGGGCAGCAGCUCAACAAGUGCAUCGAGAUCCUCAACGACAUGGUCUGGAAAUACAACAUCGUCACACUGGACCGCCUCAUCCUCUGCCUGGCCAUGCGAAGCCACGAGGGGAACGAGGCCCAGGUGUGUUACUUCAUCAUCCAGCUGCUCCUGCUGAAGCCCAACGACUUCCGCAACCGCGUCAGCGACUUCGUGAAGGAGAACGCGCCCGAACACUGGCUACAGAGCGACUGGCACACCAAGCACAUGUCCUACCACAAGAAAUAUCCGGAGAAGUUGUACUUCGAGGGCCUUGCGGAGCAGGUGAGCCCCCCCAUGCCGCUGCAGCCGCACUACCUGCCCAUCUACUUUGGCAACGUGUGCCUGCGCUUCCUGCCCGUCUUCGACAUCGUCAUCCACCGCUUCCUGGAGCUGCUGCCUGUCUCCAAGUCCCUGGAGACCCUGCUCGACCACCUCGGAGGACUCUACAAGUUCCACGAUCGUCCGGUGACGUACCUGUACAACACGCUCCACUAUUACGAGCGUCACCUGCGCGACCGCACCAACCUGAAGCGGAAGCUGGUGCACGCCAUCAUGAGCUCGCUCAAGGACAACCGCACGCCGGGCUGGUGCCUGAGCGACACCUACCUCAAGUUCGGCAUGAACCCCCGCGAGGACAGCGCCUGGAUCCCCGACGACACCUACUACUGCAAGCUGAUUGGACGGCUGGUGGACACAAUGGCAGGCAAGUCCCCGGGUCCCUUCCCCAACUGUGACUGGCGCUUUAACGAGUUCCCCAACCCCGCCGCCCACGCUCUGCACGUCACCUGCGUGGAGCUCAUGGCCCUGGCCGUGCCCGGCAAGGAGGUGGGCAACGCCCUGCUCAACGUGGUGCUCAAGAGCCAACCACUGGUGCCUCGAGAGAACAUUACUGCCUGGAUGAACGCUAUCGGUCUGGUCAUCACAGCUCUUCCGGAGCCCUACUGGAUCGUGCUUCAUGACCGCAUCGUGAGCGUGAUCAGCAGUCCGGUGUUGACGUCGGAGUCGGAGUCGGUGGGCUACCCCUUCCAGCUGCUGGACUUCACCGCCUGCCACCAGUCCUACUCCGAGAUGUACUGCAGCUACGUACUGGCCCUCGCCCACGCAGUCUGGCACCACUCCAGCAUCGGACAGCUCUCCCUUAUACCCAAGUUCAUGUCUGAGGUCCUGAAGCCCAUUGUGAAGACUGAGUUCCAACUGCUGUAUGUGUAUCACCUGGUCGGGCCCUUCCUACAACGCUUCCAACAGGAGAGGACACGAUGCAUGCUGGAGGUAGAACACACACACACACACACACACACACACACACACACACACCUGGUGGGGCCCUUCCUCCAACGCUUCCAACAGGAGAGGACACGAUGCAUGCUGGAGAUUGGCGUGGCGUUCUACGAGAUGCUGGCGGCGGUGGAUCAGCACUGUACGCACCUCUCCUACAUGGACCCCAUGUGUGACUUCCUGUAUCACAUCAAGUACAUGUUCACUGGAGACAGCGUCAAGGACCAGGUGGAGAAGAUCAUCUGCAGUCUGCGUCCGGCUAUGAAGCUCCGCCUCCGCUUCAUCACCCACAUCACCAAGAUGGAGCCUAAUGCUAACACGGCUAACGCUAACGCUAAUGCUAACUCUGCCCAGCAGCAGCAGCAGCAACAGCAACAGCAGCACCAGCAGCCCAGUGCGGUCUCCUCGCCCGCCCCCCAGGCCAACCCCGGACCCUCCAGCGUCCCCCUGUCGGUCGCCCAGUGACCCCCCUCUCAGCAUCGCCCAGCACCCUCGUCCGGUUUUCAGGCCGAUGAGAACGAUGCCGGUGCCCGUUUCCUCUCUUAACGCAAGGACACCAACCGCAGCCAGCUUAGCAUAUUAGCUUAGCCAGCAGUGGUAGAGGUGUCGGAGAUUUUAAGACAGGAUUGAGAGGCCAGACGGAGGAAUGGGGAGUGGAUGGAUCGAUGGAGGACAGAGUGUGGAUGAUGGAAUUGACCAGGGGUGCAGUUCUCGAAAGCGUAGUUACUAACUAAGUUAGCUACUUUGUUGACUUCAAUGCAUUUUCCCAUUGGCAAAUUACCCAAGUUGCUAACUGCUAACAACUACGCUUUCGAGAAAUGCACCCCAGAAAUGAGUGGAUGUAUGUAAGGUAUGAAUGAGUGAGUGGCUUCAUGAAAGGAUAGAUGGAAGGGCCUUUGUGGGCCCCUUUAAAGACCAAAUAAGGACAAGGAGAGUGACUUUGACUUUGACAUCAUUCACAGAGUCUGUAGGUCUUCUGCCACUCCUACAGUGUUACUUUGUGGUGUCUGCCAAUGAAAUGCUUCGAUGAAACCUUCAUGAAAUGCAGAUACGAGAACAAAGUCUCAUAGCCUCUCAUAGAGUGCGGUUACAUGCGAGGAAUCCUCCGGAAUGGUGACAGUAUUCCGUUUGGCCACAAGUCACGUAAACUAUUAAAUCAUUACGAAUGUGGUCAUGGUCCAUGAAUAUCCCAGUUGUAGAACGCUGUUCCACAUGUGUACGGUAAAGAGAAAUGUUUGGGAACUUUUUUAGAACCGAAUACUGAAGGGGCGGCCAAAUCAAGCCCGGGGCCGGGCCACAUGCAUUUCAUCUGGGGCCUUACAGGAGCCUUACAGGAAAAACCUCCAAAUUCAAAGUGCUACUCUGACCCAACAUUCAUAAAAUGGCGGAUGGUUUCAGAUUUGCCUAUUGCUGUACAGACUACUCAUCUAAAUGUAUUUCAUUACAAUGUGGAGGAAGAGCUUAAUUUGCCUGCGAUAUCUGACCCUUCAAUAAUCAAAACUCAGUGUGGCCCUUUGACAAAAAAUAAUUGCCUUCCCCUGGAAUACUGAUGCCAUUCUGUUUUAAAAAACAGAAUAUUCCGUGCAUGUAAUUGCACUCCUAGAGUCUCGUAUCUAAACAGCUGAUAUCCUCCUCACUGUCAGCCAGGCUGUCCUGAGCUGAUCUCCUUAUUGAGUGAAGUGGACUUAAUAUACUAACACUUAAGAAUGACACUCCCUUAAAUAGCGUUAUAAACACUUUGUAAAAAAAAAAAAUGGACUAAUUAUCAACAAAAGAUUUGCAAAUGUUUGUAGGCAAGUAAGAAGUAGUAUGUUAACACAGUAGUCCUAGGAGUUCAAUUUCCAAAGAGCAAAAAAGAUGAAAUCACUGGAUAUAUAAGAGUCCAGUCGGGAAACACACACCAAACUCAUCCAGUAGAAGCCACUCCCCCACUCCCCGCUCUGCAGCCAUAAGCUGUCUCUUACUCAUUUACAAAGAUUCGUAAAUGUUUUCUUUAUAAUUAGUUCAUUAAUAAAUGUGAAUAAGUGUUAAUAAUGCUUUUCAAGAGAUUUUUAUCCUAAAGUGUUACCCUUUGUAUUUUUUCUGAUCUGAUUUUUGUCUACAUAACCGUGUGGUGUUGUUUUUUGUAUUACAGUAUGAUGCCGCACUUGGUUGCAGUGUGGUGAUCUGUUUUUCUAUUCCCUCUAGCUUGCACAGCCCAGCCAUGUGCCUUUAGCAUCCAUUUUUUAGACUCAACAAUCAUGACAUUAGCUGUAUGUGUGUGUGUGUUGUUUGCCAAACUUACUUUGUUUUUUGUCUCGAAACCAUAAAGCAUAAUAAACAUUUUUUAGUAUAAAGGUCA